GCAGACGCCUCUGAGCAAGACGGAGACUGAAAUCAAGAGCAAGGAAGGAGAGCUAACAGGGCAGUUCCUACAGGUUCUAGCUCAAAAAACAAAAGCAGAGCGUAAACUUCACUUCUACAAGUCGAUCGCAGGAUUCCCCAGAGGCCUUAAUUCAAAAUGUCUGCCAAAGCGAUCUACGAGGCCGACGGCAAGGCCAUCAUCAACUACCACCUCACAAGAGCUCCUGUGAUCAAGCCCACUCCUCUUCCCAAGUCCACGACACACAAUGCCCCUCCCCGGUUGGCGUCUUUGAGCUUCCCUGAGGAUGCCAACGUCAACGCUGUCCUCGACCAGGCUGAGAUUACCUACCCGUGGCUGCUUCACGAGGGUGCUCGCUUUGUCGCCAAGCCCGAUCAACUGAUCAAGCGCCGUGGCAAGAGCGGCCUCCUCGCCCUGAACAAGCCCUGGGCCGAGGCCAAGGCCUGGAUCGCCGAGCGCGCCGGCAAGGUCCAGAAGGUCGAGCACACCCAGGGUGUUCUCCGCCAAUUCCUGGUUGAGCCAUUCGUUCCCCACCCUCAAGACACUGAGUACUACAUCAACAUCAACUCUGUCCGCGAUGGCGACUGGAUUCUGUUCACCCACGAGGGUGGUGUCGAUGUCGGUGAUGUCGACGAGAAGGCUGAGAAGCUCCUCAUUCCUGUGGACCUGGCCGAGUUCCCCUCCAACGAGGAGAUUGCCGCCACCCUUCUGAAGAACGUCCCCAAGGGCGUCCACAACGUCCUGGUCGACUUCAUUUCGCGUCUGUACGCCGUCUACGUCGACUGCCAGUUCACAUACCUCGAGAUCAACCCCCUCGUUGUUAUCCCCAACGCCGAUGCCACCUCGGCCGAGGUUUACUUCCUGGAUCUGGCUGCCAAGCUUGAUCAGACUGCCGACUUCGAGUGCGGUGUCAAGUGGGCUAUCGCGCGCUCGCCCGCCAACCUCGGCAUCACUGCUGUCGCCUCCGACAAGAUCAGCAUCGACGCUGGCCCGCCGAUCGAGUUCCCUGCUCCUUUUGGCCGUGAGCUGUCCAAGGAGGAGGCUUACAUUGCCGAGCUGGACGCCAAGACUGGUGCUUCGCUCAAGCUGACCGUCCUGAACCAGAAUGGGCGCAUCUGGACUCUCGUGGCCGGUGGCGGUGCCUCGGUCGUCUACGCCGAUGCCAUUGCUUCUGCCGGCUUCGCUGACGAGCUUGCCAACUACGGCGAGUACUCUGGUGCCCCUACGGAGUCCCAGACCUUCUACUACGCCAAGACCGUGCUGGACCUCAUGAUCCGCGCUCCUCAGCACCCCAAGGGCAAGGUUCUCUUCAUUGGCGGCGGUAUUGCCAACUUCACCAACGUUGCGUCUACAUUCAAGGGUGUCAUCCGGGCGCUGCGCGAGGUCGCCCCUCUGCUCGUUGAGCACAAUGUCCAGAUUUGGGUCCGCCGUGCUGGUCCCAACUACCAGGAAGGCCUCAAGAACAUGCGGGCUGCUAUCCAGGAGCUCGGCCUCCAGGGCAAGGUUUUCGGCCCUGAGAUGCACGUCUCUGGAAUUGUGCCCCUCGCUCUGAUCCCCGGCAAGUGGGAGGCGAGCAAGCUCCAGGAGUGGUCUGGCUAAAGGAUUGUAAUUUUUGGGACGGCAUGACGAGGCGUUUGACAGGUUUUAAGUUUGAGGGCAUGGUCAGCAAAGGAAGUGCCACCCAGAUAUUGUACGUUGAGAUGGUAGAUACUCUUCGAGGACGCGCCAGCCUUCUCGAGGUGGUCUGAAGCUGGCACGAUAAUGGCCAGUAUGAGUGGGUAGCAUGACCUGUACGGAGGCACGAACUCGAUAUGAGGCAAUAGACUGACUUUGACAUACCCCAAAAAUGUUGAUCUGUGAUUUGUUACGCGAUUGGUGUGCACAGCCUUUCUUUCAAGUCUCAUGUUAGGGCAGACAAAUGUUGGACUUGGGUGACCCCAGUGGCCGUU